UAAACACUAAAUUUAUCAAACAGAUUUACAAAUGAAAUUCCUAUUGAUUUGUUAUAAAUCAAUGACCAAAUACACUUAUAGUAAGGAAUUUGACAGUGUCCAUUUGUUUGAUGUGUUUUAUCAUUUGAUUUUGCCCUUUCCGUUUUAAAUUUUCCUCGGAGUUCAGUAUUUUUGUGUUUUUUCUCAUUACAAGCGUACGUUAUCAAGAGAAUUACACAAAUGGUAAACAAGUUUCUGCCUAAUAGGAAAAGCCAAUGGACUAUUUCCAUGUUUGGUUAUUUACUUUCUUGACUUUGAAAUCAAUAGACGGUUUCAUUUCUAUCAAAGGAUAUGGCACGCUUGAAUUGAAUUCGCAAUUUGAACUGGGAUGUCAAAUCGUCUCAUUUCAAGGGCAAGCAUCAUGGAGUAAUACUAAUAUUGGGUCUAUCACAUGUAUGAGUGAUGGUUCUUGCACAACACUUGUUAAGGACAACUUUAAUUUCUCUGGAAAUUCAUCAGGCAUUUUUGUAAUAAUAAACCCACUACUUGAGAAAGAUGACCAAAUGGAAUGGACAUGUAUUCAUGAUAAUAUGACCACAUCUUAUACAGUUGAAAUACGUUCAGCAAAUCCAACUGAGCAGACAAAGUCAGGAGGUUUGAAAUUUGGAGAUAUUAUUGGGAUCAUAAUUGGCUGUGUUACAUAUUUAGCACUAGGUGCAGUACUAUGUUAUUGCGGAAUAAAAAAGAAAUAUGGUUUUUCUGAUAACAAAGUAGCAACUAAAUAUGUAAAGAAUGAGCAUUGAAAAGCAAUCGAUACUGUCUAAAGGAAUCUAAACAUACUUAUUCAAUAGAGUGA